AUGGUGAAAUCAAUACGAGAUGGAAAGUCAAUCGACUUCAAUGCGAUCACUCCAACAUUGAAUGCUCCAACUCAAACUGAAGCUUUUGCAAGAGAAACAGAGAUGACUCAAAACAAGAUUCUCUAUUCUGAAAAGCUCAACGAGAACAUGCGAAGAUCAGCCUACUUCGAAACGAACAAGAGAACCGUCAAAUCAAACAUCAUGCUGAAGUUUGUGACGAAGGCGAUGGAUAUCAAGCUUCGAGGUGAAGCCGAUUUCACGACUACUCUUGAAGAUCCAAUUGAACUUUUGAAACGUAUUGAACGAUUCAUGAAGAAGAGUGCUGAUGCUGAGUAUGACUUCUUGGAUUUCUGGGAAGCCAAUCAAAAGUUCUUUGCUAUGAAGCAAGGAACAACCGAAAACUUGAUGCAUUUCA